GGGGACCAGGCCGUCCAGCCUAGUGGGGGGAAGCUUCGAGCGGAGUCGGCGCGGCGAGGGGCGCCACUCGUCAUGUCCAUGGAGGACCCCUUCUUUGUGGUGAAAGGGGAAGUUCAGAAGGCAGUGAACACUGCCCAGGGGCUGUUCCAAAGAUGGUCAGAACUCCUGCAAGAUCCAUCCACAGCUACAAGAGAAGAAAUUGACUGGACCACUAAUGAGCUAAGGAACAACCUAAGGAGCAUUGAGUGGGAUCUUGAAGACUUAGAUGAAACUAUUAGCAUUGUUGAAGCAAAUCCUCGGAAAUUCAACCUUGAUGCAGCAGAACUGGGUGUAAGAAAAGCCUUCAUCACAAGCACACGGCAGGUGGUCAGGGAUAUGAAGGAUCAAAUGUCAAAUACUUCUGUUCAAGCACUGGCUGAAAGGAAAAACCGGCAGGUACUUCUGGGAGAAAGUGGAACUCAUAGCUGGAGUUCGGGAGGCGACAAGUAUGUCCGCUUGGAUCGAGAAAUGCAGUCUGCAAAUUCACAUUUCAUUGAGGAUCAGCAGGUGCAGCAGCAGUUAAUCAUUGAACAGCAAGAUGAACAGUUGGAGCUGGUCUCUGGCAGCAUUGGGGUAUUAAAGAACAUGUCCCAGCGCAUUGGAGGGGAGUUGGAUGAACAAGCAGUCAUGUUGGAUGACUUCUCUCAUGAGCUGGACAGCACUCAGUCACGACUAGAUAACGUUAUGAAAAAGCUUGCAAAAGUGUCCCAUAUGACCAGUGAUCGGCGCCAGUGGUGUGCAAUUAUCAUUCUCUUUGUUAUCCUGCUGGUGGUGCUAAUCCUGUUUUUUGUGGUGUGACAGAUUUGGGCUCAGAUACUUUUCCUAGCUCCCUUCUCGAUGAAAUCUCAGAUACUGUUUCUGUCCACCAGAGAGAAUUCCCAUCAUAGAAAACCUGUUACGCUCUUCUGUGGAUGGACGUCGGGGGCAUGAUUCUGUCUUUCAUGGUUCUUCUGCCCAUAACCCUCACCAACUCGCCUGAGGAAAAAAUGGAAGACUAACAAGUACCCAAACUCUGCUAUCACAGGAAGCAGUUCCUGUAAGUUUUGUUUUUCUGUGCUGCUCUGUAAAGACAGGUGGUUCAGAGUGGGAGAGACCAUUGCCUGGUCACAUUUCCAUCCUAUUGUAGGUGUGAACCAUUUUCAGGAAGCACUCCAGAUGCCGUUCUUCUCCUUGUCAAAACCAGACUCUUGGCGUUGUCAGAAACCAGCAUACACACACGUGUGUGUGUGUGUGUGCAGACCACAAAGCGCACACCCCUUGCGUGAAAGAAUUCCUUUGCCGGCAGGAUUCUUUUCACAAGCCAGCAGCCCUGCCUGGCGAAGAACUGUAGGGGUCUUAAAAGGGGUGGAGGAAGGGGCCAACCAAAACCGCCACUACAUUUUCACUUCGGGCAUUUCAGUUUUCCUUCAGAACAGGAGCGCGCAAUUGAACCGUCAAGGAGAAAUAGCUGCAUGCCCAACUAUUGAAAUGCUAAAUAACUACACAGGACAGUGCACACUCAGACCUUUAAAACACAGAAACAUGGAAUGGGGAGAGCUUGAGCCUGUGCGUGUUGAAACAAAAAUGAAUGUGAGUCUUGGCACGUCUUGGAAGUCGGGACUCUUGCAAAUGCAGCCACAGCAAGUCCUGUGCCUGCCUGGAUCCUGGGCCGGCAGUAUUGAUCUCUGCUUCCAUUUAGCGAGGCACAUCUGGCUCUAGCAGGCUAGUGCAAACCAUGAGCAAAACCUACUGUUAUGUGUCCGAACUGUAACUAGGGCAGUGCUUGUCCCAACUUAGGCAGCUAUAGUUUGACUCUAAUUUUCAGACCUUUAACCUCAGUUUCACUGCACUGCAAAGUAGGAAACUAACUAAAAUCUUGCCUGCUUUUGUGUGUGUGUGAGAUAUUUUGGGCUUUGAAAGCCUUACCCAUAGGGGGCUCGUUCCUCCAUUUCUGCUGCUUUUUCAUUAACGGCUGUUUCUGUUUGGUGACCGUCAGACCUAACAUUUAAUGGCAGUUAAGGGGGAAAUGGUUUUCGCUCAGAGAGGGCCUCAUUCUGUCCUGUGUGUAUACUCGUGCACAUUAAAGAAGGAUAUACCUCACUAGAUGCACUAGUAUACAUAGGAUGUUAAAAGCUGUACUGUCCCUUUUAAAGUUUUAGAAACUUUAAAACUGGGACAAAACAAAGUAUGGUCAGAAAAGCCUAUGGAAGAAGCUAGUCAUUCAUCAUCAUUCCAAUCCUGUGAUAAUUUAGCCACUGUAGUUUUGAUCUUUUAAGCCUAAUUUUGUCACUUUGAUAGUGUAGUGGUAUUACACUAUCAAAAAUACAAGCAGGAUUUAAAAAUACAAGCUCCAGGCAACCUCUGAGGCCCAUUAAAGGUGUGAAAGAAAUCUCCUUUUAGUCAUAGAGGUGGUUGCUUAAACCAGCCCCUCUCAAAAAGAAGAUAUUACCUCCCAUGGUCGAUCUGUUAGCAGUAUUGCAGCUAGCUAAUUUAGACUCUGGACAACGUGUGUGUGUGUGUGUGUGUGUGUGUGUGUGUGUGUGAGAGAGAGAGAGAGAGAGAGAGAGAGGUGUAUUGCUUUACUGACUUCAAAACAUGGUGAGCCAGCCCUGCUGUAUUUGAGAGUCCCUUCUGCUUAUUCUGCUGAGUGGAGCCCUGGACUUCUGCCCCAAAGUCCUGUCCUGACAGCACCACUCCCCAUUUGGGACUCCUUUUCCUUUGAGCACCCCCAAACUGCAGCAGCUGCCAGGCCUAGCAGUCAUGCCUAAUGCCAACAGCACACUUUUACAUGCACACAGUGGAAUCUGAGCUACAAUCUCCUACUACCACUGAGAUUCACAUCUGGCCAUAUCUCCCUCAUGACCUGCACAAGAUCCGAAAUGCUUAGAGAUGUAUAUAUAGGUGCUCUACUGCCUGUUUCUUGCCCUCAUCCUUCACAAUUCAGGCUGGCAAGAGGGCCUUGAGGAGGUUGAAAAGGGGAUUUGGUUUGUUUGCGGUUUUACUAGUGAUAUGUUUUCUGUUUUUGCAAGACACUUUAAUGUGGGAAUAAUUUCAACAUUGUUUUUGCAAAACUGACAUUUGGUGGGGAUAUCUGGAAACUAGAGCAAGGUUCCCAAACGUUUAUACCAGAUCUUGAGCUGGGGAGGGCUUUCAUUCCUGGCACUACGUACUCAUAAGAAGAGCCCUGCUGGAUCAGACCAAGGGUCCAUCUAGUCCAGCACUCUGUUCACACAGUGGCCCACCAGCUGUCAACCAGGGACCCACAAGCAGGACAUGGUGCAACAGCACCCUCCCGCCCACGUUCCCCAGGAACUGGUGCACACAGGCUUACUGCCUCGAAUACUGGAGAUAGCACACAACCAUCAGGGCUAGUAGCCAUGGAUAGCCUUCGCCUCCAGGAAUUUAUCCAACCCCCUUUUAAAGCCAUCCAGAUUGGUGGCCAUCACUACAUCGUGUGGUAGUGAGUUCCAUAAUUUAACUAUGUGCUGUGUGAAGAAGUACUUCCUUUUACAUGUCCUGGAUCUCCCACCAAUGUUUCUACAUCCUACUGGGUGUAGUCUGCUUGCACUGCUGAGAUCAGUUUAGGUCCCCUGCUUUUCAUCUCUGGUUGAAGCUGCUGGUGCACAGGCAUGUGAAGAAGCCAGGCAGCUGCCAUUUCCUCCCAAAUACACAUCUCUUCCUUCCCCUUCUAUGGGCGUUGUUGUUGUUGUUACAUAGGUUAGCCUUAGGCUAAGGGACUCUGAACUCUCUUCAGUUCUGAUUAGUUUACACAUUCACUGAGGGAAUCGGAAGCUGAAGGAGUCAAACCUUGACACAGCCUCACCUAAUUUCAGCCAGAAGAGUGAUCUGAUUGAAAUUAGCAGAGUAGUUAACCUCUGUUGGGUGGCGCUUACACUUCUGUGUAGACUAGAAAUACUGAUGUGUGAAUGACCUGAGAUAGGUCGAAAAGGGAUGUGGCUGAAACAGCCAGCACUUCCACCUUUGAAUAGGCAAGAGGGGUUUAGGUUCUUUGAAAGCUUAGUGGGGUUCUUCAGUAAGGAUGGAAGAACCAGCUAUUUUUGAGCUUGCCUAAAAUCCCCCAAAAUAAUUUUGAAUCUAGUUUCAGCUUGCUCACGGUUUAGUUUUUGACCUGUUUUUCAGCUCAUUCAAAUGAGAAAAGUGCACAUAUCUAUGCUUAUUUUUCAAAAGUGUGCCCUUUUUCUCCAUUGACUAAAGUGUAAAAAUGUGUAUUUGUUUUGUUUUUUAAAAAAAAUAGACAUUUCAAAGUGCACAUCUCUACAAAAUAUACUUUUUCCAAAUGUGAUUGCAAAUUUGAGAAUUUGCAACCAUUUCUUGAAAAGAAGUGCUCCUGUUCAUGUUUGGGACUGGUCUGCAUGAUUUCGGAACAGAAAUGAAAUUUCUGGCACAGCUCUGCUCUUUAGCUGAAAUUAAAUGACCCACGUAAGUGAGAGAGUGAGAGCGAGGCUCAUCGUCACUUCUGAUCUCCCCCAAAACACGUGGCCACAGGAGCAGGGAGAGUGGUCUAAGGGAGCCGAAAUUCAUGCAGCCAGCAGGAAAGGACAGCUGGCCGGGCCAGCGCAUCACCUGCCCUGGUAGCUGCCUUCGCACUUCAGCAGUGUGCUGGGGCUUCCGGGCAGAUGUGGAGAGGUUCCUCACUACAUGAUUCCAUAUGGGAAGGGAAACCCUAAAGGUGGAACUUUUGAACACAACUACUUUACUGGGUCACCAAGCUGUUCUCUCCUCCACCCUCCUUCCCUUUUCAUCUCUUCCAUGAUGGGGAGGACAGGUACCUCACCCCAACUGUUCCCAUGUUCUAGAAAAUCUGCAUUGUACACAACACCCCUAAACACGAAUAGUUGAAAGACUGGAUGUUCUCUGCUCUUUGGUUUUUCCAAGGGUAUCUUCCUAUCCAUUUCUUACAGAUGUUUCAGCCUGCAUUUUAAAAGCUUGCUCAUUAGUGAGAAUUGAGCCUUGUUCUUGUAUUUUAGCGUUUGUGGCAUACAUCCUCUUUAAGGGCAUUUUUAACAUUUUAAAAAAACAAAAACCUGGGGUGUUGUUUUGUUUUUGUUUCUAAGUGGACUGCCUACACUCCACCUGCUUCAUAAGAGAUUCAUACUGUAAUGGUCUUUCAUACCGUAACGGUUCUUGACUGUGCCCCUUAAAGUGAAUUAUGUAGUUUACCCCUUAAAUCCUGCUUGUAUUUAAUACCACCCCCCCUUGCCAAAGAGGGUAAGUAUUGAACUAACAAAAGUCUCUGUGGCUCUGAAUGUCCCCCCUUUGAAUGGGGCUGGCUUCUCAGCACUGCUGUAACAAAGGAGACUUUUGUAUGUGUGGACAAUUCUGCUGUGGCUGCCUCUUCAGAACAGGCAACGCUUUUGUUUUGAACUAAAUUCCAUGAAACAGCUAAUUUUAGACGUGAGGUUAGAAGACUUUUGAGACUUGCUUUCAAAAACAAAAAGAUGCCUCUUGGGCUCACCCCUGCGGAGGAAGGACAAAGCUGCACCGGUCCAGGUGUUUCCAGCAGAGCACAAGAGUUGGCUGUCCACUCCAAAAAGAUGACAGAUUAUACUGACCCAUCCUCUUCCACAAGAACUGCUUGCUUUUAUUUCCUCCUGCAUUUUGUACGUGCCUUAAUGAGACUUUUAACUGUAUGACUAAUGGGAUGGAUGUCGCAACAUGAUUACAGCGAAGGUGUUUUAGAAAGAGGAGGCUAUUUGUAAACUCUAGGCCACGCUGCAUAAGUAUGCUAAGCACUAGUGGGCUGUGAGUGACAAUGAAAUUGUUCCAGGCUCCUGUGAGAUUCUGAGCAGGCUUCCUUGCUCUCAGCCUCUGCCAAGGGUAAGUGAUUUUGCUGGAACUCUGCCCUGGGAGUGACUGGAUCAUUCAAGCACACUCACUGCAGAGCUGUGCCACAUUUACUUGUCCUUGGGGGAGGUUGCUUGCUGCAUCUCUGCGAGAGUAACUGGUCUGGACACACCUUUCAUUGAGAAAGGCAUAUGAGUAUCCUCUGGCUGUAAUUCAGAAAAAAUACAUUCCUCGGGUGUUAACACUUUGAUACCUGUGAUGCUUUAGGUUUCUGUCAGGACAUAUAAUUUAGGGACAUUCCAGUCGAUCUGACAAACUCCUUCACACAGACCUUCCUGAUAUGCUUAGGCAUAGCCAGUGUAUUGCGUGCAACCACACGUGGCGGUAGAUGGACAGCUGCCUGCUUGACUUCUUGUUGUUUAAUGACGUUACCCAUUUUCAUUUAAGACAGUGCUCCAUUGUUCCAUUAUUUUAUGUGUGUCAAGGAACUCUAGCAGCCAUAGGGGCUAUGUGCUAACAGCGAUAGCAGGCAGCAGCUGCUAGUUCUUGUGUGCGAGGCCCGUAGCUUGUCUCCUUGAUUGCAGGAGAGCAAACAUGUCCAACUAUACAGACCUGUGUUCAUGGCUCUCCCACACUAGAGGCCUUCAAGAGGCAGCUGGACAGCCAUCCGUCAGGGAUGCUUUAGGGUGGAUUCCUGCAUUGAGCAGGGGGUUGGACUCGAUGGCCUUGUAGGCCCCCUCCAAAUCUACUAUUCCAUGAUUCUAUGAUCAUACAAGCUGAAAACAUGUCGAAUGCUGCUUAAGCCAAAUCACCUCUUUUCUUUCCACUAUUCUGGCUUGAGUUAGCAUUCUCCUUUUCAUUAAGCCCUUUUAAAAUGCCACAAAAGAAGAGCAGAGUUAAAUUCACACUCAACUGAAUUCAGUGAAAGUUGUCCAGAUGCCAGGAACAGUGAGGGUGUGUGGGGAGAGAAUUCUUUUUCUCUCACGCAGCAUGUUCUAGGUGCCGCUCUACCCAUGUGGAGCUAACAAACAGGGCGGCAUAGGGCAAAGGAUCUUGUGCCGCUUAAAAGGAGGUGGGGGCGAUACCGUGGAGAAGCCGUGCUAAAAGUGUGAACUGCAAGUAGGGGCGACUCCAGUUGAAAUCUCCCCUCAAGCCAUGAAUCUGUACAGUGGCCUUAGGCGAGCCACCCUCUCAAUCUCAGUCUGCUCUUUCGAGGCUGAAAGAAAAGAACUAUUUUUCUGAAUCGCUCAUGCCCCCAACUACCACACACAUCAGCCUGAUCUAUAUAUCUAAAGUUCUGUGUUAAAAAAUGCAAAUCAGCCUUUGGAGGCUCAACCCUUCCUUUCCCCCCUCCCCUCGGGAAGGACGCUCACUAUUUCUAAACACGUAGGAAGUGGUAUUUUAAUCUAUUCCCCGCAUAGGUUUGCUAGGAGUGGAUCAUUUGGGCAUUAAUAUACCAUUUCAUUUACCCAUUAUAUGGCAAGUUAAUGUAGUGCUGUUAAGGUCUAGCUCAUGUAUCACUCAGGCUAAUUAACCUCCUUUGGACCUGCUAUACAAGAGGAGGAACAACCACAGUGGAAAAAUAUUUGCCAUUUUGCUUGUGCAUGCAAGCGAAAUUGAAGGGGGCAGUCCCCUUCUUUUGGAAAGAGGGCAGUCGGAGCUUUGUAAAGCACCAUUUACGUGAUACAUCAUCAUCAUAAAUUUUGUCAGUUACCUGUCCACACCACUUGAAUAUCAGGCUCUGAACUGCUGCGCAGCAAAUUCAAACAAAGCAGAACAAACAACUUCAGAUAGUUUUUUAAAUGCUCUGUGGAGAUAAUCUAGCCAACAUUUCCAGUGGGAAAAAUUGGAAAUCUGGGUCUGAGUUAACACAAAAGGAUUGCAGCAUAGAUCCUUGGGUGAAAACAUACAGGCAUUGAGUGGGGAUGAAUUUAACCGUUGCAACUAAAAUAAAUAGUGCAAUUCUGAAAAGAUGUCAACUGCUGUUUCCUGUUCUUGCUGUAGAAUCAUGGUUGUAUUCAGAAAAGGCUCUUGCGACAGUAUUAAAAAUGGAGAUGGAUUUA